AUGACAUUGAUACACAGGCAUUUGCCAGGCGUGAGCCUAUUUAUACUUGGCCUCUUCCUCGCCAGCAGCUGUGAGGCGGCCACCGAGCAACUGAAUAAUCUACCAGCCUGAAGUCAGAAUGCUGGCGCUCGCACCUUGUUGCGCAUCUACGAUGAAUGCACCCGAUCCGAGGGCGGUUUUGUGCCAUGUCUCAAGAAGAAGGCCAUCUCGUUCAUUGAUCGCAGCCCCAUCGAUGCCAUAAAUAUUGCCGACGGCAUUAAACUGAUACGUCUGGAAACGGCCACCCAACCAGUUGGAGGCUUUUCGGCCUACAGUGAAAAUGAAUUGGAAUCCUCGCUGGCCAGAUCUGGCAGCGAUCGUGAAGCCAAAUUGACGAGCAUGCUAAUCGAAAGAUUGAGUUACUUCUUUAAUGGUCAUUCGCUUCAAGUCAGUUUCCCCAAACUGACUUCCGAUGAAAUCGGACGCUGACUGGAAGAAGGUCGCGGCAAAAUGAAGAAAAUGAUGGGCAUGAUGAUGAUGGGCAUGGCCAUGAAGCUGAUGGGCAUGAUACCGAUCGCAAUGGGAGCUCUCUACAUUCUAGCUGGCAAGGCUCUAAUCAUUUCGAAGAUUGCCCUACUCCUGGCUGGCAUAAUUGGCCUAAAGAAACUGAUGUCAGGCAAAUCGUCGGGCGGCAGCUCUGGCUGGUCUUCGGGCGGUGGCGGCGGCGGUGGAGGCGGUUGGUCAUCGGGAGGCGGCGGCGGCGGUGGUGGUGGCGGCGGCUGGGAUAGGCGAUCCUUGAACGAGGCUCAGGAGCUGGCAUAUCGGGCACAACAUAGACAAGAGCAACCAAUACUCCAGAAGCAGCAACAGCAGCAGCAACCAGCAGACCCAGUGCAACAGUUGACCAAGUCAUAGGCACAUGACCAAGAGGAAGACAGUUUAAGUUAGCUAUGUAAAUGCAUUUAUCUUGUGGAUAAAUUGC